AUGGCUGAGAUUGAAGGAUCUCCAGGAAGCUCCAUGCAUGGAGUAACAGGCAAGGAACAAACCUUCAUAUCCUCAGUUGGUUCUCCAAUGGUUCCAACUGAUACCACAGCCAAAUUUGCUCUGCCAGUUGAUUCUGAACACAAGGCCAAGGUUUUUAAACUUUUCUCCAUAGCCAAACCCCACAUGAGAACCUUCCACCUAUCUUGGAUAUCUUUUUUCACUUGCUUUGUCUCGACCUUCGCAGCAGCUCCUCUUGUCCCCAUCAUUCGUGACAACCUUAACCUCACAAAAAGUGAUAUUGGAAAUGCUGGGGUUGCUUCUGUUUCUGGAAGUAUUUUCUCUAGGCUUGCAAUGGGUGCAGUUUGUGACCUAUUAGGCCCACGUUAUGGUUGUGCAUUCCUUAUUAUGCUCACAGCCCCAACGGUGUUCUGCAUGUCAUUUGUGAAAGAUGCUGCAGGGUAUCUAGCAGUUCGGUUCAUGAUUGGUUUCUCCUUGGCCACUUUUGUUUCAUGCCAAUAUUGGAUGAGCACCAUGUUUAACAGUAAGAUUAUAGGGCUUGUAAAUGGAACUGCAGCAGGGUGGGGUAACAUGGGUGGUGGAGCCACUCAGCUCAUAAUGCCAUUGGUGUAUGAACUGGUCCAAAGAGCUGGGGCUACUCCCUUCACUGCUUGGAGGAUUGCCUUUUUCAUUCCAGGUUGUUUGCAUGUGAUCAUGGGGAUCCUGGUCUUAACCCUAGGCCAGGACUUGCCAGAUGGAAACCUCAGUGCCUUACAAAAGAAGGGUGAUGUAGCUAAAGACAAGUUUUCCAAGGUGCUAUGGUAUGCCAUAACAAAUUACAGGACAUGGAUUUUUGCCCUUCUCUAUGGGUACUCAAUGGGAGUUGAAUUAACCACUGACAAUGUCAUAGCUGAGUAUUUUUUUGACAGGUUUAAUCUCAAGCUGCACACUGCUGGAGUCAUUGCUGCUUCAUUUGGAAUGGCAAACAUCAUUGCUCGACCCUUAGGUGGAUAUGCUUCUGAUCUUGCAGCAAGGUUGUUUGGCAUGAGAGGGAGACUCUGGACCCUCUGGAUCCUCCAAACCUUAGGAGGGGUUUUCUGUAUAUGGCUUGGUCGUGCAAAUUCUCUUCCUGUUGCUGUUUUGGCUAUGAUCCUCUUCUCUGUUGGAGCUCAAGCUGCAUGUGGAGCAACAUUUGGCAUUAUUCCUUUCAUCUCAAGAAGGUCUUUGGGGAUUAUAUCAGGUCUUACUGGUGCAGGUGGCAACUUUGGAUCUGGCCUUACCCAAUUGAUUUUCUUUUCAACAUCCAAAUUCUCCACAUCCACAGGUCUUUCCUUGAUGGGUGUGAUGAUCGUGUGUUGCACUCUUCCUGUGACUCUUGUUCACUUCCCACAGUGGGGUGGCAUGUUUCUACCCCCUUCAAAAGAUGUCAACAAAUCCACUGAAGAAUUCUAUUACACCUCUGAAUGGGAUGAAGAGGAGAAGCACAAGGGCUUGCACCAGAAAAGUCUCAAGUUUGCUGAGAACAGCCGUUCUGAAAGAGGAAGGCGUAUAGCAUCUGCCCCAACACCCCCAAAUACAACUCCUCCUCAUGUCUAA